AUGGUGAUGACGAGCUUCGACGACAACAACGAUGGCGUCAUUGACGCGAAAGAAGCUGUCGACGUCGCCGAGGACAUUGCCAAGAAGACGGCGGCGGAGCGGGAGGCCCAAAAGGAGGCCACAAGGGAGCGCAAGAUCUCUCAGGUCUUUCGGAGGUUUGCGAUGGUGCUGGUGCUCGCGCUGCUAGCCUCGGUCGGCAUCAAUGCGGGCCUGACAGCAGCGGUCGUCUAUGCUGUUAAGGACACCGAGGUUGACGGCGUCCUGCUUGUCUCGUCCGACACCGGCGACGUGCUCAAGGUGGGCAGCGCCGAGUUUGGCACCAGACCCUUUGUCGCUCCAGACGAGGAGUUGCGGCCAACAGGGCAGCACGAAUGGUGUUUGAGGAGCGCUCAAACGAUCCACACUACAUGCCACAUCUUUCGCUCAUUUAUGGGGACCUGA